AGCCUCGUUAGGGCUUUUUCAGGGGUUAUGCCGCUCGGUCUUGUCGUAUAAAAGGUAAGAAGCGAGUCUCCUCUCUCUUCUUCAUCGCACAGAGAGGGAGGGAGAGAGAGAGGGCCUAUCGCCGAUCGGCCAUGGUGCACGUUAGCUUCUACAGGAACUAUGGGAAGACGUUCAAGAAGCCCAGGCGUCCCUACGAGAAGGAGCGUCUGGAUGCUGAACUGAAGCUUGUCGGUGAGUAUGGACUCCGCUGCAAGAGGGAGCUGUGGAGGGUUCAGUACGCCCUUAGCCGCAUCCGGAACGCUGCCAGGGAGCUCCUCACCCUUGAUGAGAAGAAUGAGCGCCGGAUCUUUGAAGGAGAUGCCCUCCUUAGGAGGAUGAACCAGUACGGGCUUCUCGACGAGAGCCAAAACAAGCUUGAUUAUGUUCUGGCUCUAACAGUCGAGAACUUCCUUGAGCGUCGCCUCCAGACGCUUGUGUUCAAGUCGGGGAUGGCUAAGUCGAUCCACCACGCGCGAGUGCUCAUCAGACAGAGGCACAUUAGGGUUGGUAGGCAGGUGGUUAACAUUCCAUCUUUCCUAGUCCGUGUGGAUUCACAGAAACAUAUUGACUUCUCGCUGACAAGCCCACUAGGUGGUGGACGUCCUGGCCGCGUGAAGAGAAAGAAUCUGAAGGCUGCAUCCAAGAAGGCUGCUGGUGGGGAUGGAGACGAAGAGGAUGAGGAUUGAGUUAUGGCCAAUGCCUAUUCAUGAGAGUUUUGCUUCUCCUUUUGUUUCUUUCUGUUUAUGUUGGUAGUUAUUUUUUCCUUGAACUAAAGUCUCAUUUUUCAAUGAUAUUGAACUGGGUAGCUAGGUAGCUUUCUGCCCUUUUUUGGUUGUACUACGAGUGCUUUUACUGCAGGUGUCCCCCUGAACUUUGCUCUCCGUUUAUGGGAUAUACUAGAUUUCAUGUUAGUGAAACUGAGAAUGAACCUUUGUUGCUUCA